CGAUGUUUUGUUGCGAUUUUUCGGGAUUCUGCCAACGGGUUUUGAUUGUUCUCCAGAUUUCUUGGUGUUUUUGGCAUGUGCCGUUGUUGCUAUUGCAGAAAAAAUAUGUUUUUUCCUCCCUUUUUCUCAAUUCUUUUCUUCUCUCUGUAUUUAUUCUAAAGCUCUGUUUGAAGAAGAUUCAAGCUGGAUUUCUGUUCAAAGUUGGAUGCUUUGUUCUAAUGAUUAGAGCAGAUUAAGAUCUUUUCGUUUUCUAAAACGAAAAAUUUUGUGGCAUUGGAUCUUGAUUAUCUUCAUUUUGGCAAUGACUUCAUAUUGAUUUCUUACAAAUAAAGAGUCUUCGAGAAUAGACAUGAAGAUGUUUGGUUUCUUUUUGGUAUGGGUUGUUUCUCUUUCUGGUAGUAUGCAUGUUUUUUCUCACACUUGGGACUAUAGAUCUGGCUUUUUCCGUGUAUCCUCUGUCUCUUUUACGUGCAAAAAUUAUGCAACUUCUUUGCUUCAGUAUAUGUAUGUUUGAGGAUAUUGUCUAUUUUAUAUUCAUUGUAUCUGUUUAUGCUUGUGAGCUCUAUUAAGGGAUUGCACUUGCUUUUGUUUUAAUUGGUUUUAGCUAUGUUUUCCUUUUUGGCAGGGUAGAAGAUUGAUUUGAAGAAAAGGGACAUCCUUUCAUGGGGGAAGAAGCACCCGAAUACCUUCUAGAUGGACUUGAUAAAUUUUCACCUCUUCGGUGUGAUUUAGAAUCCCAAGGCUAUCAGACAGCUACGACCGUAGGCGACAAGAUAUAUGUUAUUGGAGGAUCUGAUGAUGGAACCAAGUUGUCGAUGAAUGUCAAAGUUUUUGAUAAGUUAACAGGAAUAUGGUCGAUUCCUACCGUAUUGGGUACGAAACCUGUGCCAUCUAAAGGUCACUCAGCCGUUCUUUUUAAUAAUGAUCGGAUAUUGAUUCUUACGAGGGACUCUCCACUGGAUGACUGCACCUGGUUUCUUGAGGUGAGCACCCCUUUUGUUAAAGAGAAGAAUAAGAUACUUGGCACAGAGGUGGUUGCCUGGAGCAAGGGGGUCAGAGGUGAUGGCCCAAUGCCAAUUGUCAUCAGUGGCCCUUCUGGAGUUGGUAAAGGUACCCUAAUAUCCAAACUUAUGAAGGAAUUUCCAUCAACUUUCGGGUUUUCUGUAAGUCACACGACACGAGCUCCAAGAGAGAAGGAAGUAGAUGGAGUUCAUUACCACUUCACAGAAAGAAGUAAAAUGGAGAAAGAAAUAAUGGAUGGGAAAUUCCUUGAAUCUGCAUUAGUUCAUGGAAACCUUUACGGAACAAGUAUUGAAGCAGUUGAAGCAGUUACAGAUGCUGGGAAGAGAUGCAUUCUUGACAUUGAUGUUCAAGGUGCUCGAUCUGUGAGGUCUAGUUCUCUGGAAGCAAUAUUCAUCUUUAUCUGCCCCCCAUCAUUUGAAGACCUUGAGAAGCGCCUUCGUGACCGAGGAACUGAGACUGAGGAACAGGUACAAAAGAGACUGAGAAAUGCGAAGGCAGAGCUUGAUCAAGGAAAAUCUCCUGGUCUUUUUGAUCAUAUCUUAGUGAAUGAUGUUCUUGAAACAUGCUAUAAGAAUCUUAAGAAAAUACUUGGUUUGGAUGAGACUGCUGAUGCUUUGUAUCAACAAUCUAUGAAGAAUCACAAGAUCCCUUUAUGUUACUCCAUAUCUAAAACAGAUCAAAAAUUUCUGAUACAUGGUGGAAGUAAUGAGCUGGGAGCGGCAACCCCUACCUCGUUCAUGCUCGAUGCAUCCUUGCUUAAAGGAGGUGCUCCUGGCCGGACGAGAGGACUGAAAAUAUAUGCUAUUGACCCAUUAACUGAUAGUCUAAAUUGGAUUGAACAACUUUAGCAACCAAAAGAAAUGAAAAACCUAAUCAAGAUAUAUGCAUCGGUACUGGCUAUCUCAAUUUUAGAUCAACUUGGCCUAAAGUUAUAAAAGUUUACACUCAGACGUAGAGCAAUGUGGUUGUCGAGUUCAAAUUGCAUAUUAAAUAGGUACUGCGUGAUUUGUACUAUUGUUACAGCAAAAAGUUUUCUGGAGACAUUAUUUUAUGUUCUUACUUUGUAGGUGAGAACUAAAUUUAUUAUUCUCUUCACUGGGACAUAGGAGACAAUAAAAUGCAUGUCUUAAUCUAUGCUAUCUCCAGGGGUCUGUUCUUGAUGCAUUAAAAUUUCUUUUAGUACUUUAUAACCA